UGAAUGUAGUAAUUGGCUGCUCUCAAGUGCUAGCGACUAUUUUGUAAUUACCAUUAGAGAAAGAAUACCUCUGGAAUGGUGGUUCAUCAGUGCCGUCGUCGACCGUUGAGUUUGUACUGGGGUUUGUGACUUGGAGGAGGGAUUGAAACGUCAAGUCAAGUACUUAUUAAAGAAGAUAUAUGAUUUAUAAGAUAAAGACUUAAAGCAAAAGAUAAUGGAGAAAUUAAUGAUGAAACUGUUAGCGUUGCUUGUCUGUGUUGGUGUUCCGUCAGUUUAUAGUCGUAACAUUACCGCAUUUACAACACGAGAAGGAGACCUAAAUCAUAUUGUUAUUCAUAACGUGACUGGACGAAUUUACGUUGGCGCUGUGAAUGGUAUUUUUCAAUUAAAUAGUAAUAUGCAAUUUGAAUUUGAAUACAAAACAGGACCACAGCUAGAAAAUGUUCAGUGUUUACCCGAAUCGGAUUGUGAGUAUUUCCAUGCAUCAAGAGAUAACGUAAAUAAAAUUCUAUUAAUAGACUACGAGAAAGAAUUUCUUCUUGCGUGUGGAAGUGCUAUACAGGGAACAUGUACAAUUCAUUCGCUGGAUAUGAUAAACCCAAUCGAAGAUCACAUCUAUUCAGAAUAUAACAUAGAAUAUGAUUUUGUUGCGACAGAAGGCUCCGUGGUAGCUUUCUUUGCCCCCGCUCCCCCCAAUCCCUUGGCGCAGGAGUUCGGUCUAGGGCUGUACAUUGGAGCAACACGUCAAACUCAUAGACCGGUUGAUUACAUCACUCAAAAAGCAGUCUCAACUAAACGAUUGCAUCUGACAAAUGGCCGCUAUAACUUCCAGUACGCGUAUUAUGAUGCUAAUGUUAGCAUCCAUACAUACAUUGACUUUUUAUCCAACUAUCGAGAUACUUACAAAAUUAACUACGUACAUGGUUUUAGUCAUGAUGGAUUUAGCUACUUCCUCACGGUCCAGCGUAUCAUUGCUGGCAGUGCCCAAUAUGAAACGCGAAUUGUUAGAAUAUGUCAAAAGGAUAAAGGUUACUAUUCUUAUACAGAAAUGCCGUUAAAAUGUCAAAAUGGAAAUAAAACGAGAAAUUUCAACAUCUUACAAGCUGCGUAUGUUGGUCCUGUUGGCAUGGACCUUGCUACCUAUCUCAACAUCAACUCCAAUGAUCUCAAUACAGAUGUCAUCUUAGGUGUGUUUGCUAGUUCGGUGAACCAGUCGACUGAUAUACCAUCUCGGAACACUGCAGUGUGUGCCUUUACCAUGAAAAGCAUAGCGUCGAAAUUUCGGAAAGGAUUGCAGUCGUGUUUUGAUGGUCAAGGCACGCAGGGAUUGAGGUUCUUCUCAGAAGAUGCAAUCUGUAUGCAUUCAACGGUUAUCGUUGAUAAUAAUUUUUGUGGUGACUCCUUCAAUAGUCCAAUUGAGGUCAAACGUUCCUAUAACAGCAUUGACCUACUGCAAGGGGGAGGCCGCAUGGUCCCACUGUCGUCAAUUAAUGCAAUGCCGUAUGGCCGUCGCACAGUAGUAUUUAUGGGAACUAAAGACGGAGAAUUAUUACAUUAUAUUUUGAGACCAAUACAUGAUGAGGAAGGACCACCCCCACCUGGAAGUUACUCUGGUCGUGUCUUUGCGUAUCGUAACCAAACGAUGGAUCCCCCUGGACCGAUUAUUCAAGACAUGCCGUAUAGCCUCGAUAUGCAGUAUAUAUUUGUAGGCACGCCGCAAACACUCUUUCGGGUACCAAUACAUGACUGCAGUCAGUAUCGAGAUUGUUCAACUUGUGUAACAACAGAAGACCCAGUGGUAUGCGGUUGGUGUGGUUCUUACUGCUCUACUAGUGAUGAAUGCUCUGGUACUGGUAUUGUCUGGAGCCAGUCAUCGUGUCCUCCGGCCAUAUAUGAAAUUUCUCCAUUGUCAGGACCUUUGGGAGGAGGAACAGAGUUGACAUUAACUGGAGACAAUUUAGGAAUUGGCAUCAUUAUGGCAGGAGGGACUCACAGCAUUCAUUUACCUGGAGGAGCUUUCUGUAUACCUCUUCCAGACAAGAGCAAUAUUCAUGUGAUUACUUGCAUCACUGAGGCGGUUGGCGAGCCAACAAACGGUGUCAUCUCCGUCACAAUCAACGUUGCCAGCGACAUCCUGUCGUACACCAUCACUGGAAUUGCCACGUCCACUAUGCAGUUCUCCUAUGUAGAUCCUAUAAUUGUUGAGUUCUAUCCUCCGUAUGGGCCCAUUUCAGGGGGCACCACUGUUAGCAUCUAUGGGACGAAUCUUUCAACCGGCAACUCUCGUGAAGUAAUGAUUGCUGGUGAUGAAUGUGAAAUAACCAGGGUAAAAGACAGUGAAAUAACUUGUGUCACAUUAGGGGCUCCCGAUAUGGUACCAAUGUCAUCUACAAUAACCAUUAUCUUCGACUCUGACACAACAAAAUCUACAUUGGAAGAAUAUUAUUACAUAGAUGAUCCAGUUAUAUAUGAUAUACAGCCGAAGAAAGUAUUUCUGAGCGGUGGUUUAACAUUGAACGUGUUUGGCACUAACCUACAUAUAAUUAUGGAACCACUUAUCGUAGUAACAGUCUAUAUGGGAUCAACUUUCCACAAUUAUGAUUCGGUUUGUACACCUAACCCUAACGGCACAAUGAUGACGUGUGAUGCACCCAAUAUUUCCAGCUCCGGGGUUGCAACACCGGCAACUGUGGAUGUUGCCUUCAUUUUAGACAAUGUUGACAAUGCUCUGCAGAUGGACAAUUCCACGGGCGUCAAUGAUACGGAAACUGAUUUAGAGGGCUUUCAAAUUGAUUACGUCACUGAUCCCAUCUACUAUAAAUUUAAGGAUACAGACAACAUCCGUCAACUUAAAGAUCACACUUAUCCACUAGAGAUUAUGGGAGAUCAUCUGAACUUAGCAGCUACUCCUAGCGAUGUACUAGUGACAGUUGGUAGUAGUGUGUGUAACAUCACUGAAUUGUUGUAUACAAUGUUAAGAUGCGACCCUCCUGAGUUACAUCAAGGUCGUAGUGAAACUGAUGCUGUAACGGUGACUGUCGGUAAUCUACAGUAUGACAUUGGCAGGCUAUUGUAUAUCGAUAGUCUUAAUAACUCACCAAAGUACUGGCACUACAUUCUCGUCACCGCGUCAUCUUGUAUCGUCAUGUUCGUCAUUGUCGUUGUCCUUAUCAUGCUCUACAAGCGGCGGUUGCGCACUAAGCAACUGAUGCAAAACGAACCCGUAGUACACUUCAGGCCUGAGACUUACCGUCUCGAUUCGACCACAUCUAAUACAAACGGUACCAUUUUAGAGGAGCAGCAUCCUCUUCUAAUAAAGUCAAUGUAUACAGAGAAUCCAUCAUUCCGUCAACGGGAAAAGAAACCGCUUUUAUCCAUCAUCAGCACAGAAAUGAGAAUGCAAAUUCAGGAAAUCCUAAUUCCGGAGGAUAGUUUUGUUAUUGAAAACAUCAUAGGAAAAGGGCAUUUUGGCAGCGUGUAUCAAGGAUCGCACAAGACGAAAUCUGGAGAGGUGAACGAGAUAGCCAUCAAAUGCUUGUUGCCUGGCAGCGCUCAACAGGAUAUGGUCCACUUCCUCCAGGAGGGAAUGAUGAUGAAGGACUUUAAACAUGAGAAUGUUCUAGCCCUCAUCGGUGUCUGUAUCAACAAGGAAGGGGUACCACUGGUCAUACUACCGUUUAUGAAACAUGGUGAUCUCUUAACAUACAUCCGGGAUCCUAAAUAUGAUUUAACAGCGCGUGAAUUGCUAGUGUUCAGUUUGCACAUUGCUUGUGGGAUGUCAUACUUAGCCAGCUUGAAAUUUGUUCAUCGUGAUCUUGCGGCUAGAAACUGCAUGUUGGACGAAACUCUGACUGUCAAAGUUGCAGAUUUUGGACUUUCUCGAGAUAUUUACGAGCGAGAUUACUAUAGUGCCAAAGAUAAAAACGCUAAACUUCCAGUUAGGUGGAUGGCUUUGGAGUGUCUGGAGAGGAAUAUUUAUAAUACAAAGACUGAUGUUUGGUCAUUUGGUGUUGUUAUGUGGGAAAUGCUGACAAGAGGUAUAACUCCAUACCCUGCUGUAGAUAACUGGGAUAUUAAUAGGUACCUUGCACAAGGUCGUCGUCUUCCACAGCCUCAGUUCUGUCCUGACGAAGUGUACCAUAUCAUGCAGCAAUGUUGGGCUUUCAGCCCACAGUCAAGACCCUCCUUUGAUGGCCUUGCCAAAAAACUGUCAGAUGUUCUGGAAUCGAGCCCAGCAACCCCAACCUCACAAGAUACAUACGUGUAUGUUAAUGUACCGCGUAACGAAUCAUAUACGCUCGCAACGAAAAAUGAACAUGAACCGCUUUCGUCAUUUGUACUCGACGGAUACAUGGCAAUGGCAAGUGGCAGAUCAGCAGAACAGGAGGAGGCGGCACCUACCCCGUAUGCCGAGACACCGAUCCACUCAAAGCUUCCAUUAGCACAUCAAUCUAAAGGGCAACAAGAGACCAUAAAAGAAGAUAUAGAGGGUUACCUCAAGGUUUCACCGCAUUAACAUUUAUCAAUGAUUAUUUCUUUCAGUCAAUGGAAUUGUGCAACUAAUAGUGAUACAGAUAUCUUAAAAUAAUUUCCUGGAUAAUUUUUAUAUGAAGUUGUUGAUGUAAUAUGAAACGUAUACACUGAGUAGGCAUAUGGUAUAUUAACACUACAUUUCUACUCGAAAAAAAAUCGUUCACAAAACAUUCAAUAGUGUGUAUUAUGAUUUUCGUAUCACUGAUAAUGAAUAAUGCUGGAAGUAUGUGGUGUAUAAGCAAGCCUUCAGUUUUCCUCUUGGGCAAGGCACUGUAAAUGCAUUGUGUCUCUACAGAUUGUGAUAGGUGUGCUCAGAGGUGCAAUAACCCUGAAAUGCAACAGGGUGAAGUUACACACUGUGCAUCUGACUAGGGUAGUUGGUGAGCGCCUUGCAUCCGUUGGCUAAAAUGUGCUAUAUAUCUCAAGUCAUUGUGUUUAAUUCAAUUAGGGUGAGGCCCAUGACUACCUAGCAGCAGUGGAGCUGCAUAUGGUAGCUUUAUGUUCACACCAUUCCAUGAAUGUGACUGAAAUGAUCUAAAGCAACAGGGUAAACCUCUUCUCUUCUGAUAAGAUGCAAUGGAUUCUUUAAAGUGCACACAAGUCAGAUAUGUACACUGGACCUCUAUCUUAAGUACUUACCCGAGAAGACUUCCAAUUGAAACAACCAGCACCAAUGUUAAGGCUUAAGAUGGCAGUGCCCCUGCCAUACCACUCGCCCACUUGACUCGCCCACUUGACUCGCCCAGUACCAUAGCUCCUCAGGUAUAAGCCCACCUUAUUGAACAAGAAAUUAGGCCCAUUUUGCCGAUAGGCCAAAUUGUACCUUUUACCAACAAAAAAUUGUUUGAAUUAAUAGCAAAUUGGGAGGCAAUUUUUCAGCAUUGCACGCACAAAUUAAGUCAGCUGAGCUACUAAUUCAAAUCAAAUCCUUGGCUCCUGGUGUGUGAAACUGGACAUAAAGUAGCGGGUGGGCUUAUGCCUGAGAAAGUACUAUUAUUUGUGACAUUUUUUAGCACUAUGCAUCCAUUUCUGUGAUAGCAUAAGACACCUGAUAUAUAGUUCAAGACACUUCAGAAAAUUUAUUGUAUAUUUCAUUAUCAUAUUCCGGAAGAAAUUGACGAAACAAUAUUUGUUUGAAUAACACCCUACUCACAUGACAGAAAAUGUACUAAAUAUUAACAGGGAUAUCUGUUCAGAUACUUCCCUACAUAACUACAGGUAAAUACUAAUCUUGAAAAGUCUGUACAAUUGAUACAAAGACAGAGAAGAUAUGCGCAAAGUCAAAGUGAAAGAUUAACUGAGCCCUGUUAACCCCGCACACAGAUCCUUGCUGGAUAUCUCAGGAACAUGAGGUCUGUGUUAAUUUACUGAGAUGAAAGAUACUAUAUUCUUACAAGAAUAUGUCUUUUUAUACCUUUCUAGAAUUUCUUAAUAGUUACGGUAGUACCUUUCUGUCAUGUGAAACAGGAACAGUACAUGUGUAAUAAAAUUUAAUUGUUUAUGUGUUUUGACAACUUUUUAACAAUUUGCUCAAGACUUUUAGUACAUUUUAACUUGAUUUACAUCAAGUAACCAAAUGCGAAAGUCCCAAAUGUAUCAAAAUUAAUAUUGUAACAUAAUUUUUGCAUUCAAUAAAUGCUUUGACAAUCUCAAUUACUAAAAAGUAUGCCUACUUAAUUAUAAAAAAAAAAGAAAAAUAAAAGUGAUAUUUUGCAUACAAAAUAUUUAUGUAGUUUUUUUAAGAGAGUAUACUUUCAUUUCAUUUCAAUUUAUUCAGUGAUUUCACAAAUUCACAACAAAAAAUUGCAAAAAAGCUCAGAAGUGCUCAUUCCAUUGUGGUCCUUAACCGAAACAAAAAAACAAGAAACAUAAAGAAAGACAAAAAUAAUAUAAAUUAAUCAUAGAACAUAGUUAGUCCAAGCCUCAGAAUCCUUCAAACAAAUUUUAAAAUCAUUUAAAAACCAUAUUUGAAAUGUUGGACACUCACUUUUUGAGUGU